AUGUUUUCCUCUCUGCUUCGACCCAAGCAGAGCAAUCGCAGCCGUCGCGUCGACCGAUUCCACGAUAGGCAAUCCCCUUCCCCUGGCCCAGCCUAUCGUCACUACGUUGGCGAACCACCACGACGCGCAACCGGAGACUUCACCGAGGCCGAAGAUGACGACGAAGAGGACGAGGAGGAGGAUGAGGAAGAGGACGACGGCCUAGGCCAUUCAGGGGACGACCACGACAACGUCGACGACGAAGAUCACAUUCAGCGUUCCUUGCCUGUCCUUCCUCUCUUCUCAGAGACAUUUCUCGAUUCCUUACCCAUCUAUAGCAUUACCCACGCGAUUCGCAUCAUCGUUCAGACCCGUACCGAAACGACGUUAUCAUGGGACCAAAUACGCUCCCCCCAAGUCUCCCAGUUCCUGGUCAAGCCAAUGCAACAGCAGAUCAGGACUCAGCAGUUCAACCGAGCCUCCCUAUACUGCCUGAUGGCCAACUGCCUGCAGUUCAACAAGGAGGCCCAGAUGUACCCAGGCAAUGCUGGAAACAGCUCAACCAGGGCUCUGGUGUGCGAAUUGUUGGCCCUGAAGCUCUUGAAAGAGUAUAACACCCGCGAGCUUAUCGACGCUCUAUCCUACGACUUUUACCCCCUUCAGGGCCUUCCCGGCGCCCAGCCAGCAAAUGCACCGAAAUCGGACCCAAGAAACAAGGCUCGCCUUACUGCGGCCCGGACUUCGACACUCGAGGUUGCUAUUCGUGCUUCUGCCAAGCAUUUCCUCGCACACCCUCUAGUCGUGCAGCAGCUGGAGGCUAUCUGGAACGGAGCCAUCAGCUUUUAUUCGUCUGCAGACAGCUUGCACCGAGAACCUCCUCCUUCGCCUGGUAGUCAGGGAAAACCCGAUUCCAGAACGCCGCUACUUGGCGGCAAUAGUCAAAAGGAGGGCCAGCAGCCGUCGGCACCUGGAAGAAGGAGUGUGGUUCUCUAUGAUCCUCGCCAGGCGUCCCUCUUCAAGCUCUCACGACUUCGUGUGCCGCGCUACAGGUUCUUCCUCUCGACGCUGUCACUUCUUGUUCUUAUUGGCCUGUUCCUUGCUGUCUUGGCCCAGCGUUCUGCGCGGAUCAGCUCGCUGGAGCUGAUAUUCUGGUUUUGGAGUGCCGGUUUCAUGCUGGAUGAGCUUGUCGGGUUCAACGAACAGGGGUUCUCGCUUUACAUCAUGAGCUUCUGGAACGCUUUCGAUUUGGGAAUCCUUCUCUUGUUGAUCGUCUACUACUUCAUGCGUGUCUAUGGGGUCUUUCUCGUGGACGCAAAGCACUGGAAUGACUCUGCCUACGAUGUUCUCGCGGCGAAUGCCAUCUUGUUGCUCCCCCGUAUCUUCAGCGUCCUGGACCAUUACCAGUACUUCUCCCAGCUGCUCAUUGCGUUUCGCUUGAUGGCUGUUGACCUUGUGGCCGUCACUGUCUUGAUUCUCAUAUCGUGCAGCGGCUUCUUCGUCUUCUUUACUCUGGCUGACGGUAAUAACAACGCUGCUGACAUCGCAUUCCGGAUCUUCCAGCUUCUCAUGGGCUUUACCCCGGCUGCUUGGGAACUGUGGCCAGGGUAUAACUGGCUCGAGAGGGGCCUCAUGGGCUUCUUCUUGAUUAUGUGUCACUUCGUCAUUGUCACGAUUCUCAUUACGGUCUUGACCAACUCGUUCAUGAAGAUUGCCUCGAAUGCCAAAGAGGAGCAUCAAUUCCUUUUUGCAAUCAACACAAUCUCCAUGGUCAAGAACGAUGCGCUCUUCUCCUACGUUGCGCCAGGAAAUAUCUUCGCGUGGCUGUUGAUGCCCAUGCGUUACUGCAUGCCACUGAAGCAUUUCGUAAAGCUGAACAGAACAAUCAUCAAAGCCACGCACUUUCCUCUUCUGUUCUUCAUCUUCCUGUACGAAAAGUACUGGCUCGCCCCAUCAAUGUACGAGCCCACGGACCUUGUCGAAAAUCAUCACCACCACGGCAGGGAUCGGACGAUUUCCUUUGCAGACCCAGCAAGCCGAUCUGCUCUUUUCAGCCCCAACGUGCGCGUUCGCGAAGAAUCCAUUACCGGUUACCAGAAGGAUCAUGCUUUGGAGGAGGUCUUCCGAAGAGGUCCUGGCCUCGCGACUCUGCGAAAUCAACGGCGGAACGAGAGGAAGAAGGCACAACAUGCGGUCCGAAACUGGAUGGAUCGCAAUGACGAGGAAGAACCCUCCCCUCAUCUCCAGCUUUCCCAGUGGCCGACCCUGGAGAAUGGGAGCGCCAGCGCUCGUCCGGAUUGGCAUAGAAGACUCAGCCUCUCGAGGGAGCUGCGGACACAGAGAUCUCGUCAGAUAUCAGAUGUCAGAUCUGCGGCUAGCGACCCAGCAGAUUUCAUCUCGCAGCCUGCCAUCGGCUCCUUCUUCCGGAACGUUGUCGCAGCGGCCAAAGCUAAGGAGGAGGAGAAUCAGCAAACAGAUGCAGACGGCGACGACGAACUCGUCACCAACGAUGAAGAGGAAGAGGAAGAUAUCGCAACAAAUGCUGGCGACAGCCGUCGCGGUCCAGUCAUUCAUCAAACCUCGAUUGACGAUUACUUCAACUCCACGCCCAGAACGAAAGGGUUCGUGCCACCCCCGGCAUCUUCAUCGUUGGGGUCAAGUGGCAGGCCCUCCGUCUCUGUCACUCCUCGCUCUGCGCGUCGCAUGCCGCACAGCCGGACGAUGUCAACGAACACUAUUCUAUACGCGCCGCAGGAGCUGCGUCGGCCGCCUAGCUCAUCCUCUCAUUCUUCGCCCGAUCCGCCGCCUACGCGUGCGCGUGUGCAGAACGGUCGUCCUGCGGUAGUUGAACCGGCCACAGCUAGCGGUCAUCGUUCCCCCCGCCGGCAACAAACAUAUGUCACCAACACGCGGCCCAGACCUAUCAUGCCACCACGGGAUGCAGUGCAGACGGCGCCGAAUCGAGCAGCUCUCACGGGCAUCGAUCAACGCUUACGCCCGAACCCUCUCAGGCGGUUGUCUUCGGUUGACAUGAGCAUCUUGUCCGAGAAUAUCGUACCUGACGACCCAACGGGAGGCAUGCCUUCAAGCUUCCAAACACAGAUGGCCAUGGCUAUGAUGAAGGAUGCACGACUAGGCGGUGCGGGACGAGGCCAGGAUGCUGGUGACAGCAACCGGAUGAGCAAGCUCGUCCUGGCACGUAUGAAGACUCUGGAAGAAAGCUUUGCAGAUGUUGCGAGGGAGUUGCGCGGGCUGAAGACAACGUCCAACUCGACGGCGCCUACCACACGCCGCAAUUCGUCAGGCGAGGAGCUGCAAAAGGUUGCAGGCCUGACAAGUUCCGAAAUCGCUAGACAGAAAGACGGAGGAGGUGAUAGACCAAAGAUGGUGAGAAGAACGACGGGUAAACGCCCGGCCAGCCGCAAGAGCAACUUGGGCCCCUUGGACAAGCCAAAGGGCAAGGGCAAGGAGCCGGCACACUCAUCAGGCGACGAGUCUGACAGCGAGGGGCCGAGUAUGGGACCGACGAAGCGAAGCUCAAUGUAA